AUGGCUUCAAAUGCUCUUCGACACGAUGUUAUUCGGAUCUAUAAAGAGUUGUUGUAUCUAGGACGCGAAUACCCUCUCGGCUUCGACUACUUCCGCCCGCGACUUCACAAAGCGUUCAUGUCCAAGGCCUCAAUUCAGGACGAAGAGCAAAUCAGAAAGGGCAUAGCGCAAGCUGAGUAUGUGAAGAAAGGUGUG